CCAUUUUAAACAUUACCAGAGCACGCAGUAAAUCAAAAGUAUUCAAAGAGCAAGUUUACUUAAGCGAAAAUUAAAAAAAAUGUUUUCUUUAAAGUGUGUUGUUGUUUUGUUUGCUGUCUGCUUAAUCCUAACAGUUUCAGCCUUACCCACCCCGUAUGUUUACGAUCCUGAACCAUCUGUUAUAAGUCAGGUUAAUCAACCGGCCUUAGGACGUCACGUACGUUCUCCGAAAGGUGGACAUAUUGAUUUGGACAUUAAAAAAGAUCAAUCCGGAAGUCAGGCUUCAGUUAAUUAUAAUCAAAAUAUAUUCACCAGUCAUGAUGGUCAAGGAUCAGUUGAUGCUUAUGCUCAAGCCUCACGUGAUUUUGGUCAUAAUCGUAAUGAUUUUAGUGGUGGCAUUCGAGGAUCAUGGAGAUUUUAACUACAAAAAAGUUAUUGCUGACUGCCUUGUCCGCUAUGGAUCAGCUGGGGCUAAAGUUAUUAUAGAAACUUAAUGUAAAAUUUAUAAAAAUCGUAUGAUUUAUAAACAUGAUCGUAAUAUAUUUGCGUAAAAUAUAAAAAAUACUAAAUCAUAACAUUAUACUUAAAUAUUCAUUUUUUCAAAAUUCCUAAGGCCUUCUUAUGAAGAAAUGUCUUAUAACUUUUUUGUGAACAAUAUUUAAUGAAAUAUAUUUUAGUUAUA